GAAAGGGAAAAGGAGAGGCUAAGCUUUGGUGAUCGUUGGGACUUCAAUUCUUCAGACCCUUUAGAAAGUAUUUUUACCAGUAGGGUUGAGAAAUUAGGAGGUUUUUCGACAUCUAGGGUGGAAAUAAAUACAUUUCGGCGGUCUAAUUCUAUGGUCUCUAGGAAACACGCCGAGCCUUUACCUCAAAGGACUGCAGUGGACUCAAGAGACAGUAGCAAUAGUAGCAAUAACAAUGACCAUGGUCUGGUUUCUGGGGAUGCUAUUGGGAGUAGCAUCCACAAGGCUGCCCUUCAGAAAGAUUUUCUGUCACUUGGAACUGAAGAGAGGCAGUCGGUGCCUGAGGCAGCUAGAGUUCCAUCUCCUGGUUUGAGCUCAGUUUCUCAGUGUUUAUCUGUUGGCAAUUCAACUUUGAUUGACGGGGAAGGAUGGACCUCAGCUCUGGCAGAAUCACCUAGUGUGGUUGGAAGUAGUAGCACAGGUUCCUUGUCUGCCCCCCUAACUGUUUCCACCUCAGUUUCUGGGGCUCCAAGUGUCACAUCUGGUCUUAAUAUGGCAGUGGCUCUAGUUCAAGCUCCUUCACGAGCAUGUACUGCUCCCCAGCUAUCCAUCAAUACUCAAAGGCGUAAGGAGCUGGCCAUUAAGCAAUCAAGGCAACUAAUACCAGUGACACCUUCAAUGCCUAAGGGUUCGGUUCUCAAUUCAGUGGAUAAAUCAAAAGCCAAACCAGCAUUGAGAACAAGUGAGGUGAAUAUUGCUUUGAAGAGUGGGCUGCAGCAUCCUUCUUUUAUUCAUAAUGGUAAUCAAUCUCAUAGUGGACACGUCAAGUCUGAUAUGCCAAAGGCAUCUGGUAAGCUUUUGGUUCUCAAACCAGGAUGGGAGAAUGGGGUCUCAUCAUCUGCUCAAAAAGAUACUGCCAGCCCAGCAACAAUUGCAAACAGCAGAGUUAUUACUAGCCAACAUGUCAUUGCUCAUGUUUCAUUGGAUUCUGCCAGAAACUCAAACAACUCGAAACUUUCUACUGGGGAGCUCAAGGCAGCUGCCUUGAAUCCAAUAGCUGGGUUCACUGUGGAAAAGAGGCCUUCUUUGGCUCAAACCAAGAGCCGAAAUGAUUUUUUUAAUCUCCUGAAGAAGAAGACCUCGUCAAACACUUCUGCUGGUCUCUCAGUUUCAGACCCUCAUAUUUCAUCUUCUCCCACCGAGAAAUCUGAAGUUACAAAGGAAGUAGUUGGUGCUUCUGUGACAGCUCAUGCUAAUGAGCAUGCUAUUACAUCAACUAGCAAUGGUGAUGUCUGUCAAGAGCCUCCAAGAUUUUCUAAUGAUGACGAAAAGGAUUUUAUGGUUUAUCCAGAUGAAGAAGAGGCUGCUUUCCUUCGAUCUCUUGGCUGGGAAGAAAAUUCUGCCGAGGAUGAAGGUCUUACAGAGGAGGAGAUCAAUGCUUUUUACCAGGAGUACAUGAAACUGAGGCCGUCUAUGAAACUGUGCAAUGGCACGCUGCCAAAGCUGGCUGAAUGUUUUGCAACCAAGUCGAACGGAGUUUUUUCUGAAUCAAUCUCAUCUGACUCCAGAUCUGAAGCUUGAUUUCUUCUGUCCUUGCAUAUUGAAAUUCAAGGAAGUUUCAAAAUAUUAAUGGCAGAUGAUUAGGGUUCUCCUCCCCCCUUUUUAUCUCUCAUAUUUUCUCUCUUUUGAUGCUUUAUGUUGGAAAGAAAGUUGAUACGUUUGGCAUGGAAGGGGUAGGGUUCUGUUAAUUCUUUCCAAGAUUUGUUUAGUAGGAUAUUUCGUCCUUUCCUUUCUUUCAAGAGGGUUCGAUUUCGCAGGAAAUAGCUUGUUGGUGCUCAUGGUCAAUUUUACGGAAAGAAAAAAAAUCAAAUCAAUGGU